AUGCAUUUCGGCCACGACCCCGCUGCUUUCCAGCUUUGCGCAAACAGCGCCAUGUUCGAGGGCGAAGACUCGGGCUCCGUCGACGGGGAGCAGAUGACCGAGGUGCGCUCCCCGAGUUCAGGGCCCUCCAGCCCGCUGUCCGUGAACUCGGACUCCAGCUGCGCCAGCCCCGAGGCCAAGUCUGCGUCGACGCAGCAGAGAGUCAGGAGGCCCCUGAACGCCUUCAUCAUCUGGACCAAAGAGGAGCGCCGGCGGCUAGCGCAGCUUAACCCAGACCUGGAGAACACGGAUCUGAGCAAAAUACUUGGAAAAACUUGGAAGGCCAUGUCCCUGGUUGAGAAGCGUCCAUACAUGCAGGAAGCAGAGCGUCUGAGAGUCCAGCACACCAUCGACUACCCCAACUACAAGUACCGGCCCCGCAGGAGGAGGCAGCUGAAGAAGAGCUCCAAACAACACCAGGCUGCAGAGGUUUCUCACCCCUCGCUCUGCAGCUCUGGCUUCCCUGUGCCUUAUAACCUCACCUACCUGCUCCAGAACCAGCAGCAAUCCUACCCAAGCAGCACUGCUUUCACAAACUCCCCGGCUAACUUCCCCCCUUUGCGCAGCAGCUACCCACACACUCCAACAACAACAGCAGUGGACGUCUCGUCAAAUAAGCCUGUGGUGUACCCAAACCCUCCUGCGUACCCUGCAGAGCACCAGGUGUAUUAUUGCAGUCAGCGCGUACACAUGCAGCACGGCUUCUCCAACGCUGCAGGUCCCCAUGUGGAUCAGGGGGAGUCCAGCAGGGUUUACGGGGGCCUGCUGGGCCCUGCCGGGCCCUCCUUAGAGUUUUACCUGGAACAGGUUCAGCUGGACAUGCUGUACGAUCUGGACCGCAGCGAGUUCGAACAGUACCUGGGCCCGAGCCCUCACAGGCCCGAGUCAGUGGACGCCAGCAGCUACCAGAGCAGCCACAGAGAGGGACGCUCUGUCUCAUGA